AUGGGAAAGUCGAAGAACAACAAGAAAGUGGCAAUCGCUGCUAAACCUGUUAAUUCUACUGCUCUUACUCAGGGUCGCAUCAGUUUUUUGCAAAAAAGCCGAGUCAAAACCGCCGAAAUUCGAUCGAAAAAGGAAUCUGACGAUUUGGACCCUCCAAUCGUCAACAACAACAGCGACACCGAGAUGGAGGAGGUCAAGAAUCCACUGAAGUACGAUCGCAUUGUCCAGAACAUCGAUUCGUCUCAGUGGAACCUGCAAACCCUUGCCUAUCUAUGCACAAUCCACCGUGCUCAUGGUCAACGCAACAAUAAAAAAGAAGUGGUCUUUGGAAACGAGCUGUUCCCGGCAUGGGAGAACGAGCCCGAUUUCCACUGGCCUUGGUGCGAAGGGUAUUCUGAAAAUUUUGUAGAUCCUCCGGCGACUGAAUCCUGGGAAGAAGCAGCCGAGAAGCUACUACAGAUUUGUGAUGGGGAUUGGAACUUGGUCGAGCAACGCAUUCGAGCUGCGCUUGACCGAGACAUCAAGGACGAAUUUAUUGGAAACGACCGGGAGCUCGUUGUCUAUGUCCGAGGACUGAUUCUUGGGCUGGCGGUACAAGAUCCUCUGGUGAUUUUUCCGUUGGACGACCCAAUGGAGGAGACUAUGUUUUUCAAUCGGUAUUGGGAUUUUACUUUGGAGGUCGCACCUUGUUUACUACUGGAACAACGUCCUCUGGCUAAAGUGUGGGCCAUUGCGGUUGAACUUCUAGGCCACCCGUGGACCGACCCUGACACGACAACGGUAGUAACGGAAUUGGCUGAGCGUCGCUCAGCAGCCAAGGGCCGAAAACGUGAGCGCGAUCUGGACCCAUCAACGGAACGAAAAUCAGCUCCAAUUGACCCUCACUCUCCUGCGCGAGGGUUCUUUCCGGAUGCCACUCCAAAACCAGUUCGCGACUCUGUUGCCCUCGAUAAGGAUGAUUUGGUGAUGAUGGACACAACGGGUCCAUUGGUAAUUAGCCCCACCAAUAAACCAGUCAACGGCGAGUUUGCUUAUUGGUCCGACAACGAUGGGUCGGAGUCUGUUGAGUCGGCUCCAGACUUUUCUGCACCAUUGAAUUUGGACCAACCUCCUACUGAAGUGGUUGUGGGGAAGUCACCUGCCCCAGCUCAGCAGGCCAAUGACCCCUCGGCAACAGUAUUGAUCGACUCUCACUUGUCGAAGACUGAGCCUCCCAACCCUCCCCGACCUUCAGCUCCUCUGUCCGUGAAGAAGCAACUCACUUAUGUUGCCGCCUCACAGAAGAAGGCUGCUAUUCGGACCAAGUACCUCUCUGAAGAAAUGAAAGCCCGUGAAGUGACACAGAUGAAUU